AUGCUAUCUACUAAACUACCGACAAGUUUCGAAAACGGAUCAUUUUUCCACUGUGCUUUCUCGGCUGAAUGGAUUUCUGUUCUUGUAUACUGUGACGGUAUAAUAGACUGCUUAGAUGCUUCGGAUGAAACGAAUUGUAACCGAUCUCUCUCAGGUAACGUGCCUUGUUUGCAUGACCAGUUUCAAUGCGGGAAAGGUGAUUGUAUACAUAUUAGUCAAGUGUGUAACUUUAUUCCCGACUGUGUGGACGGCAGUGAUGAAAAAUGUGAUCUAAGAGAAUGUGAAACGACAGAAUUCAAGUGUACCAAUGGCCAAUGUAUACCUGCUAACAAACGUUGUGAUUCACGGAAAGAUUGUUAUGAUGGAAGCGACGAGUUCUCUUGUGAUGCAUGUGUACAAGAUGAAGCAUUUCAUUGUGACGGUUACCGGUGUAUCCCGAAUAGGUUACGUUGUGAUAAAUACACCGACUGCAAGGAUGGAGGAUUAUCAUUAAACUGCGAGUUUGGUAACAUUACUACCGGCCGGGUAUACACUAUAGUAGAUAACACUGAUAUUGUAAAGGGCUCUUUCUAUAAUGAAGUGGAAGGUGGGGGACUUGAUUCUAGUAACCUUAAUCGUUUUGCACAGAAACCAGGCUACAUAUGUAAACAAAAGAUAAAGCAAAAAUGUCCUCUGGCUUACACUGCGGCUGCCAAGUUUGAUGAUCCUUAUUACGCUCACCGUUAUAUUCAUUGCACAUGCGUUAUUCUUGAAGUUACCGUGUUUAAGAAUAAGCAGAAAGAAAUGAUGUGUAUGAAUUAUUCAAACUACACAGAGGGCGCUAUACAAGAGAUUGCAAAUAAUCAGUCGAGAAUAAUGUUUGACUACACUGAAGAAUAUAUAUAUAGAAAAAUGGCAAUCAAACCCGGACAGUCGAGCAAUUAUAUAACAGAAUAUUUCCCUGGUCCAGUAGUUUGCGAACAUGAUUAUAGACCAAAGGAAGAUAGUGUCACGUGUGAAGGUGACGUGAAAGACAUCCCAGCUCAUCUUAAAUGUUUGUAUGAUGUUGAUAGCAAUGGUAUCAUUCUUGGAUGCCGAUCAGGGAGUCACCUUGACCAUUGUGAAAGUUUUCAGUGUUUACCGAACACAGUUAAAUGCCCUGGUAGUUAUUGCAUACCACUAAGGUUCAUUUGUGACGGUACGGCUCAGUGUCCAGGCGGGCAAGACGAAGACAAUUGCGGUUGUUCUAAGGAAGACAGUGAGAUUCUUAUCCUUUAUGACGCUGGGUUAGUUCAGCAGAAGUUCGAUGUUGACAAGUUUGCUAACCAUUUUUAUACGAACAUGUCUACCAUUCGUAUUCUAAGCUACACAACAUGUCAGCCGCUCAACGUGGACUAUGACAUAGAGGAUAUUGUCAUGAGUGUUAAAGAUACUUCCUUUACUCCGUUUGCAUCCGUUUACCAAUUGCAGACGUACUAUUACAAAAUGCUUGCUAAAUCAUUUCUAAAAGAUAUUAUGUUCACUCAAUAUAAAUCAGGGAAACAAGGAAUAAUUUUUCUUGAAAACAGUGAGGAUGCAAAGGCUGUCUCGAAACAAAUAUUUGAAAAUAUUUCCGGGGAGUUUACACAUAACUUCACCGUUUAUAGAGUUGUUGAAAAUUCACAAAGAAGUGUCAAAAAUGUUUCAAAUACAUACAAAGGUGUUGUUGAUGUACCAAUAAAGCGAUGGGAGUCGUUGAACACCAUAGGUGUGUCUUUGUUUCCCGAGAUAUGUACUGAUUCAACAAAGGUCAUUUGCCCAAAUGCAUAUAGGUGUGCUUGGAGUAAGAAUUGCAUUAGUUUAGAACAAGUGUGUGACGGAUACGUUCACUGUUACCAUGGAGAUGACGAACGACUUUGUAGCUUCCGAUGCCCAGUAAAAUGCCGUUGUAGCGGAUAUGCCAUGUUUUGUAGUCAUAGCAACAUUACAAUGGGUGAUGUUUAUAACAUGUCUGAUACUGCCAGACAACUCGAUUUAAGUCGAAAUGUCAAUCUGAGAAAAGUAUUAGAGAACUCGCAUCUGGAGUUUACUUCUUUGGCAAUUCUUAAUCUAUCGCGAUGCAAUAUUGUAAACAUAUCAACAGAGGCUUUCCAUGGUUUGAGAAAUAUUUUUACGUUUGACCUAAGCUUUAACGACAUCAGAACAUUGCAAUCAAAUGUAUUUCAUCAUCUCAAACACCUUCGGUUGUUACAAUUGAAAGGUAAUAGUAAACUUUCAAGCAUUGAAGCGGGUGCAUUUAAUAAAUUAACUUUAAUUCGAGAAUUGAAUCUUGCUAAUGCACAAUUAAAAGUGAUAAAUGCAUAUUCUUUUGCCGGUCUUGAACUUGAUGUCAUUGAUUUGUCAAAUAAUACCAUCGUAGAAAUAAAAGAAUUCGCUUUCCGUGAUUUGUUCGUGUCUAAAAUAGAUAUCAGCGGGAACAAAGUUACAAAGUUCAAUAAAGGAAUUUUCACAGGUGUAACAGGGCUAGCAGAAUUACAUACACCUGCAUACAAAUUUUGUUGUAUCAGACCAAACUAUUUGGACGAGGAACAAUGUUUACCGACAAAAGACGAGUUUUCCUCCUGUGAAGACUUGAUGAGACUCUCAGCUCUCCAGACCAUGCUUUGGCUAAUUGGAUUGACAGCUCUCAUAGGAAACGCUCUAUCAAUCAUUUAUAGAUUAGUGUAUGACAGGAAGAGGCUUCGUAUAGGAUAUGGUGUAUUCGUUACAAACCUUGCGGGAGCAGAUCUGUUAAUGGGAAUAUACUUGAUGAUAAUUGCAACAGCGGAUGCUCUGUUCAGGAAAAGAUACAUUUUCAUGGAUGAUUAUUGGAGAAACAGUGUCUGGUGUAAUGUCGCGGGAUUUCUGUCGACAGUGUCGUCUGAAGCAAGCGUUCUCUUUCUUUGCCUGAUCACCAUAGACAGACUGAUUAUGAUCAAGUUUCCCUUGAAGCAGAUACGAAUAACUUGGAAAAUCGCGCAUCUGCUUUCGGCAGUCAUGUGGAUUCUCUCAAUAUUUAUAGCUGUUAUACCAUUUAUAUUCAGUGGCUACUUUCAGGAUCAAUUUUACACGAAAUCAGGCGUUUGCAUUGCCUUACCUCUGACAAGAGAUCGACCACCAGGCUGGGUAUAUUCCGUGGCAAUAUUUGUAGGGUUGAAUUUCAUCACAUUUGUCCUUGUUGCUUUUGGUCAGAUUGCUAUCUUCAUGGAAUUCAAGAAAACAGUUAUUGCACAUACAGCUAACAAAGCCAGAAAACAGGAUUUGACAAUAGCAAGAAACUUACUGCUUGUAGUAACCACGGACUUUCUGUGUUGGUUUCCAAUUGGAGUAAUGGGAAUAAUGGCUCUGAAUGGACAUGAAAUAUCAGGAGAUGUGUAUGCAUGGGCAGCGGUAUUCAUACUACCAGUUAACUCCGCCUUAAACCCGAUUCUGUACACAUUAUCAGCUAUUGUCGGACAAAAGAAAUUCAACCCAAGCACAGACGAGCAAAACCGGACAGAAAUAUCGGAAUACACUGGUACACGUAGCUUGGCAAUUUUUGGUGUAAGCAAACAUUUCUCGAACCGAUUCCUACCAAAUUAUCGCACGCUUGGUGAUCUCUUGGAAACAAACACGGAUUUGAGUCUUAUGCAAAUACUCCAGAUUGCAACAAGAAUUGCGGAAGUCUUAGAUGUGGUGCACGAAACUUCACUCAUAAUUGGAAAGCUGGAUGUUGAUACCAUACAUGUACAGAUGCAGAAUGCAAAGAUAUCUGGGAAGAUCAAGCUGAAGGUAAAACCGCAGAUGUCGGUGAAUGCCGUGGACAGUUUCAAUGACAUGCUGCAGUUUGGUAAAGUACUGCGAAUAUUGCUCGCAUCUCGACACCACAAAGAAAGCACUUUAUAACUUUUUUCCUGAUAUUGAUUUAAUGUCGUUCUUGCCAUGGUUGUCUGUAACAAUAAAAUGUGCAUCAUUUUCCAUUACGACAUCUUACUAUGUAAGUAAGUGUUGUAGCAUACAAAAAGUAUGUAAUUUACUUGCCAAUGAAUAUAAAGUAAUCCUUUAAGUAAUAAGAUCUGUUCUACCUUGAGUUUGUACUUCAACCACUGACUUAGCUGUAGGAUUUUAUGAACGUAACACUAUUAAUUAUCAGUUUACUUAAAGGUGAUUCCGAAAUACUGCAAUUUUAUUAACGCAACUAAGAAAAUUUAAACUUGUGCAGAACUAUUUCUCAGACUUAGCAAAAUAACAGAGAAUCAUCAUUUAUUCUUUUUCAUUUGUGUUCAUAUUUAGGAAAUAGUGGAUUUUUUUGCGUUUAAAAAAUUAAAAAAGAAAUUCGUAAUUGUAACAGCUUAUUAUAGGAAAAUGGACAUUAAGUAAAUCUGGCAAAAUGUUGUUGUUGUUUUACCUGUUGUUUGAUGUUAUUGUUGUUAAACUUAAAUAUAUAAAUGUUAGAUAUUUUAUAUUUUUGUUCAUAUUAGUCCAUAGCAAAUAUAUUGUAUGUUAAAAAAACAAAUACAAAGAAUAUUUUCAUAGGAACUUUUUAACAUUUUGAUUUUUAUAGAUACUAGUUAUUAAAACAUUAAUUAUGCUUUUCUGACGUCUCAAAAUUGCUGUCAACCACUAAAAAUUUCAAAACAAUGUGAAAUCAAAAGAACUUAAGACUUAGUAGGGAUUUUAAAUAAUAGGUUUUCAUUUGUCGUUUUAAGCUAUUUAAGACUCGAAAAAUAGUUUGGUAAAGAAUAUGGAUCUUUUAUUAUUAUUGUGUUGUUGCUGUAUUAAGAUAUACAUGUAUAAGUGUUAGAUAUUUUAUUUGUGUUCAUAUAAGUCCAUAGCAAGUUAUAUUGAAUGUUUAGAGAAACUUUAAUUGGAAAUUUCUACUAUUUUGAUUUUAAUAAACACAAAACAAAGAUAUUCAAAAUUCCAUUCGAGCGUUUCAAAAUUGUUUAAAACUUGUUUAAAAAUUGUGGAAAGCUUUGUGAACUAAAAAGAAUUGUUAGGCUUAGAGUGCCUUUUUAAAUUAUCUGUAAUCGUCGUUUUAAGCUCUAGAAAAUAGUUUGGUAAAGAUGAAUUAUUUCUUAAAGAUAAAUUUAUUAUUGUUGUUGUUAGCUCACCUGUCUGUCGUCCAUCGUCCGUCCACACGUGUUCGUUAACACUCUAGCGGUCACAUUUCGCCUCAAUCAUCAUCAAACUUUGUCAGGAUGCUAAUCUAGGUAAAAGCUCGGAUGAGUUCGAACAUUGGUCAUCUCGGAUGAAAAACUAGGUCACAGGCGCUAAAAAUAAAAAAAAACACUUGUUAACACUCUAGCGGUCACAUUUUUUACUCAAUCAUCAUCAAACUUUGCCAGGAUGCUUGUCUAGGUAAUAGCUCAAAUGAGUUCGAACAUGGAUCAUCUCGGAUGAUAAACUAGGUCACAGGAGCUUUAAAAUAGAAAAAACCUUGUUAACACUCUAGUGGUCACAUAUUUGACACAAUCAUCAUCAAACUUGGUCAGGAUGCGUGUCUAGGUAAUUGCUUCGGAUGAGUUCGAACAUGGGUCAUCUCGGAUGAUAAACUAGGUCACAGGAGCUAAAAAUAGAAAAACCUUAUUAACACUACUGUUUGAUCCAAAUAUUCUGGAAAUUGGUCUGAAAGUUUGUUUUGAUGAUUUCUAGGUCAAGUUUGAAUAUGGGUCACCUGGGUCAAAGACUAGGUCACACCACCCAAAUAUAGAAAAACCUUGUUAACACUCUAGUGGUCACAUUUUUUAUUCAAUUGAUGAUUUCUAGGUCAAGUUCGAAUAUGGGUUCCAUGGGGUCAACAACUAGGUCACACUGCUCAAAUAUGGAUAAUCCUUGUUAACACUCUAGUGGUAACAUUUUUGACUCACCUGUCAUGAAACCUUGUCAGAAUGCUUGUCAAGGUAAUUGUUCUGAUGAGUUCGAUGGGUCAGGUGAGCGAUCUAGGGUCAUCUUGGCCCUCUUGUUACUGUUGUUGUUUAACUAAAAUUUAUAAAUGUUAGAUAUUGUAUUUGUGUUCAUCAGGGUCUUUCAAAUUUGAUACGUACAUAGAUAAUUAUAUCGAAUAUUUAAAGAAAAUUUGAAAAUUACUUUUCUUUACCAUUUUAUGUUUUGUAAAUAAAAAAUAUCUAGAUCUAAACAUUUAUAUUCUAUUUGAGCGGUUCAAAAUUGUAAUUAACAUCAAAAGUGAAAAGCUUUGAGAAAUACAAAAGAAUUUUAAGACUAAGUGUGCCUAUGUUUUGGUCGUUUACCGCUGUUUCAGACUAUUUGUUAAUGAUUGUCAAUUGUUGUUAUUGUUGGUUUUAAACUUUAUAAUGUGUAAAUGUUAAACAUCUUAUUUCUGUUCGUGAAUUAUAUUGUUUACGUAAAACUUCAAUGUAUAUAUAAA